GUUGGAAUUGGACGGUCACUCGUAUUUGAAUCUCUCUUCUUCUACUCUUCUCAGUUCUCACUCUAGCUCAAUCCGUAGCCCUAAAUUUCUGCUGUUCAAUCGCAAUAAUGAAGCUGAAGAAGCCUCUCAAGGAUCUCAAGCUAUCUGUCCCAGCUCAGAAUUCCCCAAUCUCUUCAUUUUUGACGGCGAGUGGGACCUUUCACGAUGGAGAUCUAUUAUUGAAUCAAAAGGGGCUUCGCUUGAUUUCUGAUGAGAAUGAAUCACGGCCAUCAGAGAUUAAGGAGCUUGAUCUUCAAUUCUCACUGGAAGACCUUGAGACCAUCAAAGUCAUAGGCAAGGGAAGUGGCGGUGUUGUUCAACUUGUUCGUCAUAAAUGGGUUGGGACGUUCUUUGCAUUGAAGGUUAUCCAGAUGACUAUACAGGAGGAAAUUCGGAAACAGAUAGUUCAGGAGCUUAAAAUAAACCAAGCAUCUCAAUGUCCAUAUGUUGUAGUUUGCUAUCAUUCAUUCUAUCACAAUGGAGCUAUAUCUAUUGUGUUUGAAUACAUGGAUCGUGGAUCAUUAGUUGAUGUAGUCAGGCAAGUUAAGACAAUCCUUGAGCCGUACCUUGCUGUUCUCUGCAAACAGGUGUUACAUGGCUUAGUGUACUUACAUCAUGAGAGACAUGUUAUUCAUAGAGAUAUAAAGCCUUCAAAUCUGCUUGUAAACCACAAAGGGGAAGUAAAACUUGCAGAUUUUGGUGUUAGUGCGAUGCUGGCAAGCUCUAUGGGCCAACGAGACACAUUUGUUGGAACAUACAAUUACAUGGCUCCUGAAAGGAUUAGUGGGAGCACCUACGACUAUAAAAGUGAUAUUUGGAGUCUGGGCAUGGUUAUUCUCGAGUGUGCUAUCGGGCGUUUUCCUUAUGCCAAAUCUGAAGAUCAUCAAAGUGGCCCUAGCUUUUAUGAGCUUCUACAGGCAAUUGUAGGAACUCCACCACCUUCAGCUCCAGCAGAUCAAUUCUCUCCGGAAUUCUGCUCUUUUAUUUCUGCAUGCAUACAGAAGGAUCCUAGAGACAGAUCUUCGGCUUUGGAGCUACUUAGCCAUCCUUUCAUCAAGAAGUUUGAAGACAAGGAUAUUGAUCUCGGCAUUUUGGUUGGUAGCUUGGAUCCACCCGUAAAUUUUUCUAGAUAAUCAGCGUCUCUUGGUGUACUAACUUCAUCAGCUCUGCAAUGUUUCUUUGUAAUGUGCCUUUAUACUUGCUUUAUACAUACUUUGUUCCACAUUCAUGAAAUUUUUUGAAGUGAUGUUAUAUAGUUAAGGAAUGGA